AAAUGCGCAAGUGCGCAAGCGCUCACGCCUCCUUUGACGUGAGCUGGAAGAAAAGCUCCCAGAGCGGAGCGACAAGACAGGAUAACACAGGCACGGGGAAGAUGAGAGGGAGGGCAGGACUCGAAAAAUAAAAAUAAAAAGAAGAGAAGAGAAAAACACAAGGAAAGAAAAGCAACAGAGACAGAGAAAGAAAAAAAAGACAACACGCGAAAACAGUGCGGGUUUUACGCACGACAAAAUACGAGAGAAAACUAUGAGUAGACUUAUUACCUAUCCAGCACCCACAGUUAAAAAAAAAAAAAAGAUUUGAGAAAGAAAAUUGUAAAGUCUCUCCUCCUUCACAUUGAUACCGGUGUACUGCCAGCCACAUUAGCCUCAUGGAUCUUAGAACAAAGAAAAGAUAGCUAGCGUUUCAGCGUUUCAGCGUUUGAAGAACAUUUGGAAAAUAUAUAUUUAUAGAAAUCAGUGGGAUCUGUCAAAUAAGAAUGGAUUGCAGCCUGUUGCGGAGUCUUAUUAAUAGAUAUUGUGCAGGAGAAGAGAAUUGGGUGGACAGUCGGACAAUAUACAUUGGGCACCGGGAACCCCCUUCAGGCGCAGAUGUUUACAUACCACAGAGAUAUCCAGACAACAGGAUUGUUUCUUCAAAGUACACUUUUUGGAACUUUGUGCCCAAAAACAUGUUUGAACAAUUUAGAAGAAUUGCCAAUUUUUAUUUCCUAAUCAUUUUUCUAGUACAGUUAAUAAUUGAUACCCCAACCAGUCCAGUUACAAGUGGACUCCCACUUUUCUUUGUAAUCACAGUAACAGCUGUUAAACAGGGCUAUGAAGACUGGCUCAGACACAAAGCAGACAAUGCAUUGAACCAGUGUCCUGUCCACAUCAUUCAGCAUGGCAAAGUGGUGAGGAAACAAAGCAGAAAAUUGCAGGUUGGAGACAUCGUCUUGGUUAAAGAAGAUGAAACUUUCCCAUGUGAUUUAAUCUUCCUGUCAUCAAGCAGGGAGGAUGGGACGUGUUUUGUAACAACUGCCAGUCUGGAUGGAGAAUCCAGCCAUAAGACCUACUACGCUGUACAAGACACAAAGGCAUUCCAUACAGAGCAAGAGGUGGAUAUGAUAAACGCAACCAUUGAAUGUGAACAGCCCCAGUCUGACCUUUACAAAUUCGUUGGCCGCAUAAAUAUUCAUCAAGACCGGGAUGAGCCUAUUGCCAGGCCUUUGGGAUCCGAAAAUCUACUUCUUAGAGGAGCUACCUUAAAGAACACAGAACACAUUUUUGCUGUCGUCAUAUACACCGGCAUGGAGACAAAAAUGGCUUUGAAUUACCAGUCGAAGUCACAGAAAAGAUCUGCUGUGGAGAAGUCUAUGAAUACCUACCUGAUUGUCUACCUGUGUAUUCUGAUCAGUAAAGCUGUGAUCAAUACAGUAAUGAAGUAUGUUUGGCAGAGCGACCCUAACCGAGAUGAACCUUUUUACAACCACAAAACAGAUUCAGAAAGGCAAAGGAACAUGAUCCUCAAAGUGAUUACAGAUUUUCUGGCCUUCAUGGUUCUGUUCAACUACAUCAUCCCUGUGUCGAUGUACGUCACCGUAGAGAUGCAGAAGUUCCUGGGUUCCUAUUUCAUAACCUGGGAUGAUGACAUGUUUGACAGUGAACUCGGAGAAGGUGCUCUAGUUAAUACCUCUGAUCUAAAUGAAGAGCUGGGACAGAUUGAAUAUGUUUUUACAGACAAAACGGGAACCCUAACAGAAAAUAACAUGGAGUUCAUUGAGUGCUGUGUUGAUGGACACAUCUAUGUACCUGACGCCAUCUGUAACGGACAGAUUCUGACCGGUACUGUUGGUAUGGACAUGAUUGACUGUUCCCCUGGAGCAGGUGGAAAGGAGCAAGAGGAGUUGUUUUUCCGGGCCCUCUGCCUUUGCCAUACAGUCCAGGUGAAGGAGGAAGAAAGUGUGGAUGGGAUAAAGAAAGGUCUUCAUCCGUGUGGAAAAUCCUCCUCUGUUUACAUAUCGUCCUCCCCAGAUGAAGUGGCCUUGGUCGAAGGGAUGAAGAGACUUGGUUUCACAUAUCUGAGACUCAAAGACAACCAUAUGGAGAUAUUAAACAGGGAUGACGAUAUUGAAAGGUUUGAGUUGAUGGAGGUACUGAGUUUUGAUUCAGUUAGACGGCGGAUGAGUGUCAUUGUGAAGUCAAGCACAGGAGAAUAUUAUCUUUUUUGUAAAGGAGCAGAUUCUUCCAUUUUUCCCAGAGUUAUCAUUGGCAAAGUCGACCAAGUUCGAGCCAGAGUCGAGCACAACGCUGUGGAGGGCUUGAGAACACUGUGUGUUGCCUACAAAACUCUCGCACAAGAUGAAUACGAGAGUGUCUGCAAACAGAUAAACACUGCGAAACUAGCCUUGCAGGACAGGGAUAAAAAGUUAGCUGAGGCUUUUGAUGUUAUAGAGCGAGAUCUGAUUCUGCUCGGCGCAACUGCUGUGGAGGACAGACUCCAGGAUAAAGCUGCUGACACUAUAGAAUCCUUACAGAAAGCUGGCAUGAAGGUGUGGGUACUGACGGGGGACAAGAUGGAGACGGCAGCGGCCACCUGCUACGCCUGCAGGCUGUUCCACAGGAACACGCAGAUCCUGGAGCUCACCACUAAGAGAACAGAGGAGCAGAGUCUCCACGAUGUGCUCUUCGACUUGAGCAAGACCGUACUGAGACACUGCGGCAGCCUAACCAGGGACACUCUGUCAGGGCUCUCCCAUGAUGUGCCGGAUUAUGGUUUAAUUAUUGAUGGAGCGACGCUGUCUUCAGUCAUGAAGCCAACAGAAGAGGGCAGCUCUGGCAACUACAAGGAAAUUUUCCUUGAGAUCUGCAGAAACUGCAGUGCCGUACUCUGCUGUCGAAUGGCUCCAUUGCAGAAAGCACAGAUUGUAAAAAUGAUUAAAACAUCAAAGGAGCACCCAAUCACAUUAGCCAUCGGUGAUGGAGCAAAUGAUGUCAGCAUGAUUCUUGAGGCUCAUGUGGGAAUAGGUAUCAUGGGAAAAGAAGGCCGUCAAGCGGCUAGAAACAGCGACUAUGCAAUUCCUAAAUUUAAGCACCUGAAAAAGAUGCUCCUGGUGCACGGUCAUUACUAUUACAUUAGAAUAUCAGAACUGGUGCAAUACUUCUUUUACAAGAAUGUCUGCUUCAUCUUUCCUCAGUUUUUGUACCAGUUCUUCUGUGGAUUUUCACAGCAGCCAUUGUAUGAUGCUGCAUAUCUUACAUUGUAUAAUAUCAGCUUUACUUCCCUUCCAAUACUGCUGUACAGUCUAAUUGAACAACAUGUAAAUAUGGAUAUACUUAAAAGAGACCCGUCACUGUACAGGGAUAUAGCCAAGAACUCUCUACUGCGCUGGCGGAUAUUUAUUUACUGGACAUUCCUGGGGCUCUUUGACGCAGUGGUAUUUUUCUUUGGUGCUUAUUUCCUGUUUGAUAAUACCACUUUCACAAGCAACGGACAGCUAAUGACAGCCAACACAAACAUGAGUGCUUUAAAGCAGUCCAAGAGGGUCAGUGUCUCAGAGUUUAGCCCUCUUUCCACAUUUAAGACUUCAAAAAACAAAAGCAGUGAACACAGGAACCCUCAGCCUAUGAGGUCUGGUCGUCUUACCAAAAGCAUGAUGUGUACCCAGUGGGGGGACACUGAUUAUUGCACUUUUAACUCCUUCUUCGGCUUUUCUGAUAGCCCUCACAACUCCAGUGCGAGCCACUCGGACCAUGGGUCAAGCCUGGAAACCUCAGUUUAACCAAGACUUCACUACCUAAGCCUUUAAAAUACAUAAUACAACCGUGUGCACUGUUUUACCAACAGAGCUGGAAUAUGUAUUUAGGCUCUGAAGGAUCAAUAAAACUGUUCUGAACUAGAUAUUUGCCCAUGCCUCUCCCUGGGCUCUGAGUACUACUGAUUUUAAAAGAACGUCCUGCACAGUCUGGUACUGUGUAGCCAGUGGCACUGCAAACCUUCCUUGUCUGUGAGCCCAGCGUCUCCACAGUGGUUUAUUCCCAUCCCUGUUCUUCACGCCAUAUUACUUGAAUUGACUAUUGUGACCUGAGCUUUCUGAUCAAUUUUUUUUUUUUUUUUAAUACAAAAAACAAAUGCUAGGCGUCUUCAGGGGUUUGUUGGAUGACAGUCAUCUGUAUGUUGAUAUGUACAAGUGUGUAUUUGUUUGUUUCUGACUAGCUUUUUUCUUCUGCUGUUUGUAGAACAAACGGGUGUUGCUUGUGUGCAAAUCUUUUAUCAAAAAACACGCCCAAAGACAUUUUGUCAUAACUGCUUACACUGUAAGUCGCAAGGUGAAGGGAUUAGAUUGUUUGUGCUAGACUGUUCCCCUUUAAUGGUAGUGUGUGCACGCUUGAAUGCUUAUAGAGCAGAUUUACAUUUCACUGGAACAUCAAGUUAGCUGGACAUUACUUCAGUUUAUUCCCUAUUGGGCAGCACUGCCACAGACACUACAGCAGUAGCAUUACUGUAUGACGGUAAUACCCCUGUUUCCCACAUGCCAUAAACUGAUGCAGGAUAAUCAAUGAUGAUUUCUACUAGGGUUGGGCUGAUAGUCGUAUUUCCUGAGUAAUUACCUUUGUCAGCAGGUAUUAAAUAAAUUCAUUAAUGUAUUGAUUUCAAACCUUCCAUCACCUUUACAAAUGAAUACCAUUGAAUGGCAAUUAACUUCCGCAUUUAGUGCUUUGAAAGGCGAUUGGAAUCAAACUAUCCUCCUUUUACUGCUAUACCUGGGCCGUAAACUAACAAUGAAAUAAUGUUGCAAAGUUAGCAAAUGCAACUGAUUCGUCAAGUCAGUGAUACCAUUCCUUAAACUCAGGAGCUACCGCUGUGAAAACUGGGAUGUGUAUUUCUUUGUUUAAAAGAGAUUGCAUCUUGCCCAGGACUACAAUCUUGCAAUUCACAGCAGAAAUUAUGCAUUUCUAAGGAAAGUGAAAUAAAAAUGAUUUCAUAUCCAAAGUAUAAAACAAAGGUAAGACAUAUAAUUGCUUAAGAAUAUAAAUGAGUUUUAGUUAGCUUGACCAUGACAAGCUAUUUAUUAAAUAACACUGUCAGAUUGUCAAUGAGUGAAACUCCAUUGUCGUGGAAACGGAGACAGUAUUGUUUUGUCUUGACUAAUUAACAUAUUUGACUCAAUGUAAUUAAUACCCAACAACUUCAAAUUUCUUAAAGGUAGUUAAUAAGAGAAUAUGAGUAUCUGCACACCCCUAAUUUGUAUUGUAGGAAAAAAAAAAAAAAAAUACACCUGCCUGCCCGCCCAUACAAAAUGAAAAAUAAAAAUAGCCAUAUUAGAAGUACUCUGUGAUAACAAUAGAUAAAUCAGUCCAAUGCCUUUGUAACACUAUAACCACUAUAAGACAGUAUUCCUAUGCGUCCUAGUUAAAAAUACAUCUGUGCUGCCAAAGCAGUGCAGAUUCAGAUUUAAAGGAGAAAAGCUGUAGAAGUCCUUUAUGCAUGGUAUCCAGUUUGCAUUGUGUCCAUCCAUUAAGCAUGUCUUCCUUCCAUUAGCUUUUAUGUCUCUUCCUUGUCUUGAUUUCACACCCAGUGCUUUACUGAAAUGAACAAAUGGGAAAGAAAAGCCUGUCCUUUCAUUUAGGUGAAUUUCAUUAAAAUUGUUUAUUUAAUGGGAUUUGAGGGAGGCUUUUUCAAUACUAAACGUAAUUACGAGAAUUGUGUUAAGUAUAAAAGUAAUGUCAUGUUGGAACAGCGUCAGCCUCUUACAGCACAAGAGGUUCCGUCUUUCAUUUUAGUUUUCCUUUUCAUUUCAGAUCGCAUUACUGCAUUUUUAACACUUCUUCCUGGUGUCACCAUUAACAAAGCAUCAGGGUUUUUUUUUUUUAAAUCAUAUUUAAAUUGUAUUCAGCAUAAUUUCUUACUUUGUAUUUUUCUCAUUUCCAUCCUUCAGUGAUAAAUAAGAAGACUCUUGCAUGGUGGUUGAAACAGCUGCAGUCCUGCUCUGCCUAUUAACAUUUCAGCUCACUGCAACUUCCUAACAGCCCUCUUUCCAUUCAUGAGCUCAUUGAUCUGCUCUUCUCAUCUGGGCACAAAGCUAGCAAAUCACAGUAGCAGAAAGUAUGUUAACUAUGGAGACGUGGGCUCUGCUAUUAACACCUUGGUCACUGAGACACUGGGGUCAUUAAUACUGUAAUUCCUGCGUUAUACUGCAGCCAGUAGUACCUAAUCCUUUGAAGUUUGCUUUGCUGUUAAUUUAAUCACGUUUGUUUUCACAGGCUUUUGAACAAAUGGGAAAAAAGUAAAGCAUUAAAAAGAAAGCAUCUCAGAAAUGUUCUGCUUGUCAUUAAUAUCAUUUUAAAGUUUUUAUUGUGGAUAAAUCUAUACAAUUCCAUAGUUAUGCUUACAGAAGAUGUACUGUAAAGCGUGUAUUGUACUGUGUAGAUUGUUCCUUGUAGACUGGGGCGGAAAGGACAACAGAAUGUUGAAGUGACAACACCCCUAGUGCAAUUUAUUUUUUUUAGUACCUUAUAUUUAUUUUAUACUUUUCAAUAUAGCCAUGUAGUGGUAUUAAACAUCAGAAAUCAUAUUUAGCUAAAUGAAGUAUAAACUCUGUUCUGACAGUUCAGCAGAUUAAUGACCACACUCACACCUUCAGCAAUUACUGUAAACUAUUGCAUAGAAUAAACCCACUUGAGUUCAUUGAAAUGUAUCAAGGAAGCACAGUACUAAACUGCAAAAGGGCACAUUAGUUUUUAUGCAGUCAGUUGCAUCACUUCAAUCCUGUGGCUAUCAGACUCUUUAUCACAGUCCUCAUUGCAUUAAACUCUCCCAUUCUCCAUUACUGUUCAAGUCAUGCGAGAUAUACGAAUAAAGGGUUCUGGUAACCCAAAACCACUGAGCUCCCUACAUCAGUACAUCUAGCAUACUCUGUUACAUUACAAACGAAUGACGAUCACUAAACGCUGACUACUCGUUCAUUGCUAUCCAGAUCUUUGUAAACAGUAAGCACUGCUGUGUCUUGAAAUGUAUCUAGUGUGUAGUGUCUCUUACAUAGGUCUUUUGUAAAUCUUACAAACUGAGUUUUUGUUACGGUUCUACACUGCUAGGAUGAAAAUAAUUUUAUUUAUUUAAAUGUCAAUAAAAAAAGUGCUGCUUUA